AUGGGCACAUUCACAGCUGCAGCUAUCAUCGCUGCAUAUGAAAACAUUGCCCUUGACCUGGGAGUCUCGAUUCAACGAGUGAGCUACCUCACAUCGUUGCAAAUUGCAAUUCUUGGUGGUGCGCCUCUGCUCUGGAAGCCGCUCUCGCACAGAUUCGGGAGACGUCCGAUCUUUCUUUUGUCUUUGAUCCUCAGCUGCGCUUGCAACAUCGGUUGCGCUAAGAGCCCUGACUAUGCGUCGAUGGCGGCAUGUCGAGCUUUGGUCGCCUUUUUCAUUUCCCCGGCAUCGGCGAUUGGCAGUGGUGUCGUGACAGAGACUUUCUUCCGUCACGAGCGAGCGAGGUAUAUGGGUAUCUGGACUAUCAUGGUCACUCUAGGGGUUCCAAUUGGACCCUUCAUCUUUGGGUUCGUGGCUCAGCGUGUUGACUAUCGCUGGAUCUACUGGAUCCUCGCUAUCACCAACGGAGUCCAAGCAAUCUUAUACCUUUUCUUUGGCCCUGAGACUCGGUACAUUGGCGUGGACGUACAAUCUGAGUCAUCGGCUUUCAAGCGCGAGUACCUGUCUCUUGGGAGAAUCGACCCAACUCCAAUCAAGGUGUCAGAAUUCUACCAUCCAUUGACACUUUUCACAAAUAUCCCAGUUCUGCUGGCCACCGUCGCCUACGCCAUGGUCUUUCUCUUCGCAUCUGUUUUGAAUUCCGUGGAGGUGCCACAGCUUCUUCAGCAGAAAUUCGAACUCAAUGCCCAACAACUCGGCCUUCAGUUCCUCGGCCUGAUUAUCGGUACUAUCCUUGGCGAGCAGCUUGGCGGCUUCAUGUCAGACAUGUGGAUGAAUGCUCGCGCUAGGAAAAUAGGACGCAAACCUGAACCUGAAUACCGACUGUGGCUGAGUUAUAUCGGCUUCCUGUUGACGAUCGCAGGGAUGGUUGUCUUCUUGGUGUGUACGGAGCAGGCGACUGUAGGGCAGUGGAAUGUCAAGCCCGUUGUCGGCACUGGUAUCGCUGCCUUUGGAAACCAAGUCGUCACGACAGUGAUGACGACAUACGCAGUCGAUACCUACCCUCAGGAUGCCGGGAGUGUUGGUGUCUUCAUCAACUUUGUGAGAUCCACAUGGGGAUUCAUUGGACCUUUCUGGUAUGUUCGUCCUGGGCAGGAUAUCUGUUUCUCUUAUGGUCAGAAACGGAGCUAA